AUUAUUUUUCCUUCAUCCUGAAGAUCUUAGGACUGAAAAAAGGAAAAUCAUGUGGAUGGGUUUGCGGAAAACUAACUCAGACUCAACCUUGUAACGCCAAAAAAUAACCUUCAACAAUUUUGAAAACUGUUCAUUGAAUGACGCAUGAUUGACUUUAACACCCUACCCUUUGUUUCUUCUGUACCAUUUUUCAACUCUAACCCACAGAUGAUUUGUGGCUGCAAAUCUUUGAUAAAAACUUCUCAAACAUGUAAGUUGUUUUUUCUAAACCCACUCUGUCUUUGUCUGUCUUUUCCUCCCUCCAACUUUCUCUACCAAAACAUUUUAUUUUCUUCUCAAGAAACCUCCUUUGCUUCAUCAAUGGGAAACAUGUUAGUUCUGUACCACUUGAUUCAACUAAUUAUGGAAGCAUGUUGACAGUUUAAAGACCCAAAAUGCAGAGAUUUUCUCAGAGAGAAAGUGUUCCUUCAGGUUAUAGUCCUCAAGCUACAUUCACGGCUUCAUGUUCUUCUCCGGAGAUGCCACGUAGAAGCUCAGUCUCAGAUAUAGACUUCCAUGAUGUCUUCGGUGGCGCACCGAGGAGGCCACUAAUUCAAGAGACAAAAUAUGGUUUUGGUGAAACUGAAAACAACACUGAUCAUUCAUCACCUGCCUUCAAAAGAAGUGAUGAACCGGUUGUUGCUUCAUCAUCACGGAAUCCAUGGUCUUGUUUCAGCAAAAAGCCAGUGUUCGAUGAAGAAGGGAUGGCCCGGAUAAGACGCUCGAAAAGUGAUUUCUUCCAUGAUAUUUUUCAAGGGAACCAUUCAUCGAGUUCUUCAAGGAAGUAUGAAAUGAAUGACCCUUUUGCACCAAGUUCACGGUUAAUAAAACCGGAUAGAUCUUUGUCACCAAAGCCUGAACCUUUUGGCAGUUCAUUCCCUGCUCAAUCGAGACUUCUAAGCCUUCCUUCUAAAGUGAACAAAGGAAUGGACCUUCCCAAUUUAACCACAUCUAAAAGCAAGGAUGGGGCUUCCAAUGGCUUAAGUUAUUUGAGAGAGUCGACAAACCCAACUAAGCAUGUGGAGACUGAGACAAAAUGCAAUCCGAAUGGAGAUUCGAGUAGUUUGGAGAUUUCGAAAAACGGCAGCCGAUUUCACUUCUCAAUAUACAAAUGGGCAAACAUAGGAGGUGUACCAGUAGCCAUUCCUUUAAGGGGAAGUGAUAAACUCAAAGGGAAGGAUAAACUGCAGAGGUGCUCAAGUGCUAAUGGAUGGAUAACAAGUGAAAGCAAAGCAAGGGAACCAAAAGAUAAACUGCAUAAUUGUAAAUCUUUUAGAGUAGAGCACGGCAAGAGUGAAAAUGUAGGCUUGCUAAUUGAUUCGAGAAAUGAAGAUGGAGGACCCGGUCAAGUUAUCGAGGAAAGCAACAUUACCAAAUCCGAGUCAGAAAUCAUAAACAAGCUUAAAAGCACUGAUAGGAAUGUUUCUAAGGGAAAAGUUUCUGCAGUUGAAAAAGCAACUCACAAGCCUCAACCGAAACCUCUGAACUUGAUUUUCAAUGAUGACUACGAUGACGAACAAGGCAAUGAUGAGAUAACUAGAAAUUGUGGAAGCAAAGACAUUUCUAAAAUGAGUGCCAAGAAACAAGAUGUAAAGAAAAGGGAUACUUCAAAAAAUGUAGAAGCCAGUACAACAAGAAUAAAACAUUCCCCUAGGAACUCUUGGGAUGAUACAAAAGCCAGAGUUAGAGGAAAGGUUAAAGAAUUCAUCAAAAUUUUCAACCAAGAUGCUUCAUCGAAACCUAGAACGGACACCGCACUACCAGAGAAUCAUGGCUCUAGUCGGAAGGAAAGAGGUACAGUCCAGCCAGAGAUUGAAACAAGUAUUAGCAUGAAUAAAAGGAUUGAGAAAAUUCACUUGAACAAUGUGCUGAAGAAGAAAUCAUAUUCAGAUAUUCCUGCUGCGAAUCACAUGUGUAACGGUGCAUCCGAGAAGAACAUCAAUAGCUCGGUGAAUGAUACCGUUUCUGAUGGAUUCAAGACUAUUGUUGAAGAUCCAGCAGAGUCAUUUGAUAACUACAUUUUGGUGGAAGAACUGAGGCCAGAAGAGAAAAUUUUGCCACAAUUUGGCAUUGAUCCUGAAGAAAUCAUGGCCAUAGAUGAUAAAAUACAGCAAUGGUCAGAUGGAAAACAAGGCAAUAUUCGUUCGCUUUUGUCAACCUUACAAUAUGUUCUUUGGCCCGAUAGCGGUUGGAAGUCGGUGCCUCUCGUGGACAUAAUUGAAGGACCAUCUGUGAAAAGAUCAUACCAAAAAGCUCUACUGUGUCUACAUCCAGAUAAGCUACAGCAGAAGAGUGCUGCCUCAGAUAAAAAAUACAUUGCACAACGAGUCUUCGAUAUUCUGCAGGACGCAUGGACUCAUUUCAACUCACUCGGUUCGGUGUGAUUAUCCCACGACUAUAUUCGAUUAAGUUUUGACAGAAAUCCGAGUUUUCCAAGUUUAAUGUUACACCAGAAGAACAACCAAAAUGAGUGAAUUAACAGAUAAUUUAAUAUGUAUAUGUAUAUGUAUAUGUAUAUGUAUAUGCAUGCAUAUAUCCUUUGAGCAAUGGCAUAUGAUUCAAGAACAGGACUUUUUAACAUUAUCACCUUCUUUGUACCUAUUAGUUUGCAGUUUCUGCAAAAAAAAAAAGAAAAGAAAAGUGAAGGGGGGUGGUUCACCUUGUUUGAACAUUGUAAUGGCCUAAAAAGAAUAUAAAGGUGAUGUACGGGUGGUCAA